AUGAAUAAUAUCAUCAAAUACGGAUCCAUCGCGGAAAUCCCACUUUAUAAUUGCAGCGGCCGUACCCCCGAAGAAUGGUCUGCUUUUCUUGGAGUACGACGGCCUAUUGCUGGUAUCAUUGAUAUGACAUACGGAAUAUCUAUGAAUAUAAUGUAUAUCCCGAUUCUCGCUGUAAUGUUCGAACAUGAAAACUUCAAAAUGUCUUGCUUCAAAAUAAUGAUAUUUUUGGGAAUAGUUGAUAUGCUCGCUCUCUGGGUAAACUCAAUCAUAACCGGCUUCUUGGCAUACAAAGGUGCCGUUUACUGUACUUAUCCAUAUUUGAUCUACAUAACCGGAAUGGCUGGGUUGGGUCUUUGGUGUUGUUCUUGUAUCAUUGCAAUGAGUCUUGUGAUCAAUCGAUUGUUGGAUUUGACAAAAGAGGCAUGGUGCAAAUUUUUGUUUGAUGGAUGGAGGACAUAUGCAAUACUCACACUACCGAUUAUUUAUGGAAGUUACUUCGUGUUUUUCACAACUCCGAUUGCAUUUUCUUCUCAUCAUCUUACCUGGUUUUUCGAUCCACUCAUUUUUCCAAAUAAGUCAAAAGAGUACGCCAACAUUCCUCAUGGCUUCAAUAAUCUUUUGGUAGUUGCUGUCACUUGCCUACUCUACGCAUCUUUUUGUUGUGUACUUGGAGAAAAAGUCAGAGAAAUAGAAGGGCCAACUAAAAACAGUUCAUUGAGCACACAAAUCUUCUUCCAAUCCGCAUUAAUUUGUGCUGUAAAUCAGAUUGCAUCUAUCAUUUAUGUCAUCAUGAACUUCAUAGAAGUACCCCUCUGGCUCGUAAUGCUUGGACACAUGCUCUGGCAAACUGGACACGGAGCUCCAGUUUUCAUUUAUUUGGGGUUGAAUAAAACAAUCAGAAAUGGAGUAUUGAAGAGAUUGGGAGUAAAGGUUGAAACGGAGAGUUCGGUGGCACCAGUUAAUUGA